AUGCCUCCACCAAACCAGACCGACUUUGAGCCUAAGCUGGAGGACGUACCAGUCAAUAGGAUCAGUAGCUUCAAUGACAGACUACAGCAAUAUCUGCACGGGAUUAAUGCAAUGCAAGAAUCCACAGAGACACAGAGCACGAGUACAUCGAACCAGCGCACCGAGACCACUACAGACGAACAAACGACAUCAACAAUUGACAUCCCAGCAAGGACAACAUCCAGACCUAGGCUCAGACAGACAGUCAAAAAGACAAGCACAGCCAAAAUAUCCCGCACUAGAUCAUCUUCAAACCCAACCGAAUCCCCUCCCAAACGCCGGCGAAACAUCCCCCAACCAGCAAUCCCAAUCACGGGUCCCACAGCAACCGAAUCUGCACUCCGUGACACAAUCCCCUCCAACCUGAUCCUCCUCCUAGUAGGGGUAAACCCAGGCAUAAUGACAGGAAUAACGGGAUACGCCUACGCCCACCCCUCCAACCUAUUUUGGAAACUGCUCUAUUCCUCGGGAAUCACACGCAUUCGCCACAUCCCAGCAGACACCUAUAAACUACCGGAACUAUACAGCGUGGGCAACACGAAUAUCGUGGAAAGACCCACACGGGACGCGAGCAUGCUCACGCGUGCGGAGAUGGACGCGGGCGUGCCGGUUCUUGAAGCUAAGGUUGCUGCACAAAGACCCGAGGCUGUUUGUCUUGUUGGGAAGAGUAUUUGGGAGGCUGUUUGGAGGGUUAGGCACGGAAGAGGGAUUCGGAAGGAGGAGUUUCGAUAUGGGUGGCAGGGGGUCGGGGAGAAUAUGGGUCGUGUUGAGGAGGAGGGCGGAUGGGCUGGUGCGCCGGUGUUUGUAGCGACUACUACCAGUGGACUCGCGGCUGGGAUGAAGCCUGCCGAGAAGGAGGCUGUUUGGGCGGAGCUAGGGGAGUGGGUUGUUUUGAGGAGGGAGGAAAGAAAGAGGCUGAAAGUGGAAUCGGAGCUGUGA